GCUUGUCCAUCUCGCUGAAGGUGACUUGGAGAGUGGAAGCUGCACUCAGCGUGCGUCAGACACAGAGAUGGAUUUACGUCUCCGCCGUAGCGGGCAGGUGGAGGAGGAGACGGAGGCGGGGAUGGGUCGGUCCACUCCCCCGCCCUCCUUCUACGCUUCGUACCGCAACUCGGGCGAGGAGGAAGACGACGCACGACCACUCUUGGACCGGAGAAGCAGCAGCACUGCGUACUUCCAGCACCAAAACCUGAUGUCCCCGGGCGCUGACCGCGUCUUUGCCUACCAGGCCUCGAGGGCGGGGGACGAAGAGGGAGACCCGCGCCGGAGGGCAGACGAUGACAGGAACGGCCUCGAUCCUGCAAGCAUGCCCUCCCCGUCAGACAUCUUGCGCAAGCCCAUGCGGUUCGGUGCCGGGGUC